GCCGUACUUCCGCCUUAGCGGCAUAGAUAAGUAUGCGGCUGCGAAGGUAAUGAGUUCGGUUGGUAUUUCAGUAUACCCCGUCAUGAAGUGAUUUGUCUCCCAAACCCGUCCCUGUACUUUUUGACUUAAAAGGAGGAGAUGGGGUCUGUAGAAGCUUCUCCCAAUUUUUGUGCAGUUUUCCGGUGAAUUGGCCUAUCCAUGAGAAACAGUGUCUUGUAGAAAGAAGGGGAAUCCUUUCAGUAUAUCGAAAUAUAAACCAGUGUAAGAUCUUGCCAUGCCAAGUUCCCUUGUAUGGGCAGUGGAUGUGUCAGGAAGAGUGUAUACCCUCUCCACUGUAGGACAACAGUGGGAGCUUUGCAAAGACAGACACCUUGAGUUUAAACGUGUAGCAGCAGCGAAGCAGUGCUGUUGGGGAAUUGCAUGCGAUCAGCAGGUCUAUGUUUAUGUGCAUUCAAGUGAUGUACCAAUUCGAUAUCAGGAAGAGGCCUUUGAAAAUCAGCGCUGGAAUCCGGUGGAUGGUUUUUCUGAUAGACUGCUGCCCAGUGACCGAUGGCAAUGGAGUGACAUCACUGGAUUGAAACAUCAGCCUCUGAAUAGUUUCCAUCUGCCUUCGGAGCACUGGGACUGGGAGUCAGACUGGUAUGUCGAUGAAAAUAUUGGCGGAGAGCCAACAGAGAAAGGGGGUUGGACAUAUGCUAUGGAUUUUCCAGCAACUUAUACGAAAGAUAAGAAAUGGAAUUCUUGUGUCCGACGAAGGCGAUGGAUCAGAUACAGACGGUACAGAUCCCGAGACGUGUGGGCUAAGAUAUCCUCUUUUGAGGACAAGAAGUAUCCAGACCCUAUAAAUGACAUCACAGUUGGUGGAUGGGAAAUCACAGAUGAACCUGUUGGCUAUCUGUCAGUCUGGGCAGUAACUUUGCUAGGCAAGAUCUUCUACAGAGAAGAUGUGAGUCACCACAAUCCGGAAGGUGCCAGUUGGACCCAAGUGGACAGUCCUGGUGAAGUGAUUCAGAUCAGCUGUGGACCUUUUGAUCUUCUGUGGGCUGUUCUGUGGGAAGGGCAAACAGUUGUCAGAGAGGGAAUCAGUAGAGAUAACCCAAAAGGCACUUCUUGGAAGAUUGUGGAAGCUCCAUCCUCAAACACUGCUGUUGUGCAUGUCUCUGUGGGAGUUAACGUAGUGUGGGCAGUAACACGAGACAAGAAGGUUUGGUUCCGCAGAGGUGUAAGUUCACACAAUCCUGCAGGAAGUGGUUGGAUUGGAAUGGUAGGAGAAAUGCUACUGGUGAGCGUGGGCUUGAAUGAUCAGGUUUGGGGUAUCAGCUGUGAUGAUCGAACUGUGUAUUAUCGCCAGGGCAUAACUGUAAGCGAGCUCAGUGGAAAGAAUUGGAAGGCUGUAGUAGCAGGGAGAGAGGAUGAUCGAUCUCAGACAGGCAGUGCCAGCAGCCUUUUUAGUGCUGGCUGUUUCUUUGGAGAAGAGGUUCAAGUUCCCACACACAAUAACUCUGAAUUCUCUGAGCCUGACAGAUUGUCUGGGAAUUCUGCUGAUGCAGACAGUGCAGCAGAAAGCAGCCAGCUUGGUGCACAUUGUCAGAUAACCGAAGCAAGUAACAGCUCUGUUUUACAGGAAAUGGAAGAACAAAGCACAUCUGGUUUUAACAGAGAUGUAAAAGAUAGUGAGCAGAUGCUGACUGAACAACGGCAGCCAUCCUCACAGCAGGAGCCUCAAGUAGUGAUGCAUAAGUGGUCCAAUGUCAACCUGGCAGAUUUUCAGCCUCACACAGAAACUUAUGCUAAGGAUCCUUUAGAAACCUCCAGCCUGUCUUCUAUAGCAGUGUAUCCUGUUGGAACUGAAGAUCGUUAUGUGGAAGAACAUUCUUACUGGGCCUGGCUGAGCUGUAGUGGAUGUGAAAUAGACUGCCAUACUCCUCUGAAAUGGUUCACAGCACAACAAGGUCUGGCUUCUUCAGUGGCAGCCAUGUCUUUGUUCGCAACUCCUGCAGAGACUGAAACAUGGAAGAAACAGAUUUUUGAACAGCUUAAUGAAAGAACUAAACGAGAACAAAACAACUUCCAACAUUAUGAACAAGCUAUAGAGCAGUAUAUCCAUGUCUUCCUAAAUGAGGUCACUGUUCUAGUACCUGUGCUCAGUGACACAAGACAUUCUUUUGCUGUGUACACUCCAGAAAGGACGAAGCAGAGGUGGCCAAUACGACUAGCAGCAGCCACGGAACAAGAAAUGCAUGACUGGCUUGCUGUUCUGAAUCUGGCCUGCUGUGAAUGUAGGGGAAGCCAGGGCCCUCCAUCACAUCAAGCUGUUUGGUCUGUGACUUGUAAUGGGGAUAUUUUCUUCAGUGAACCUUACCAGUGUCUUGAAGCUGUCCCAUAUCCAGUGCCCUGUGACCAAAUGGUUUGGCGUCAGAUCGGUGGUCAUCUUCGACAAAUUGAGUGCAAUAGUCUGGGAAUAGUGUGGGGUAUAGGAUAUGAUAAUAACCCCUGGGUGUAUACUGGUGGAUACGGAGGAGGUUUCUUUCAAGGGCUGGCCAGUAGUACUAACAACAUUUACGCGCAAACAGAUGUGAAAUGUGUUUACAUUUAUGAAAAUCAGCGCUGGAACCCUGUCACUGGCUAUAGCAGCAGAGGUUUGCCAACAGAUAGAUACAUGUGGAGUGAUGCUUCAGGCCUGCAGGAACAAACAAAGACAAACACAAAGCCACUUUCUCCACAGUGGACAUGGACCUCAGACUGGUACAUUGAUUUUAAGACUCCAGGUGGAACUGACAGAGAAGGUUGGCAGUAUGCAGCCGAUUUUCCUGCGUCCUAUUCUGGGUAUAAGACAAUGAAAGACUUUGUAAGACGUAGGCGCUGGGCAAGAAAAUGUAAAUUAACAACAACAGGACCUUGGUUAGAAGUUCCUCCUAUACUGCUGUGGGAUAUCUCUCUUAUUCCUUCUAUCUCUGCACCCCAGGAUGGUCACGUGGCGGUAUGGGGUAUCAGCAACAAAGGUGACGUCCUUUGUCGGAUUGGCGUAACAAAGCAGAAUCCAUCUGGUACUUCUUGGCUUCAUGUUGGAACUGAUCAGCCAUUUGUCUCUGUCUCCAUUGGAGUCUUUUACCAGGUGUGGGCUAUUGCUCGAGAUGGAUCUGCCUUUUACCGGGGAUCUGUGACUUCAGAAAACCCAGCAGGUGACUGUUGGUACCAUAUUCUGUCCCCUUUAAAGCAAAAGUUAAAACAAUUGUCAGUGGGACGCACAACAGUAUGUGCAGUGGAUGAAAGCUGCAAUCUGUGGUUCCGUCAGGGAAUUACUCCAAGUUAUCCACAAGGUUCCAGCUGGGAACACAUUUCCACUAAUGUCCGCAAAGUUUCUGUGGGCCCUCUCGAUCAGAUUUGGAUAAUUGCUGACAAAGUUCAGGGUAGUCAUAGUUUGAGCUGUGGAACGGUGUGUCAUCGAACUGGGGUAAAUCCACUGGAACCCAAAGGGCACUCUUGGGAUUAUGGAAUCGGAGGAGGCUGGGAUCAUGUAACAGUAAGAGGAAAUUCACUUGAACCUCCUCGGAAUAGUUUGGAUGAAUCUGGAAACAGGAGCGAAAAAUUGUACAGGCAAGAAAGCGGAAGAGAUGAGAGAAAAAAUAGUAAUGAGGAAUGACAGCUAUCACUGGAAAAGAGCAGGACAAACAUUAAUUUGUUGUUACUUGCUGACUUUACUGCUGCUGUUUGUAUGCUGCUCAUUAUACAGGACUAAACAGAACUCAGAAAAUGCUGCUUUGUGUAUACGUAUUUCAUUCCCUUCAUUUUCCCUUAAAACACUUAUGUACAUAUGUAUAUAAAGUAGAUAAGAUGUUAAGUAUGACUGUUUCUUUCUUUCAGAGAAAUCAUAUUGUUUAGGAUUCAAAACCUAAACACAAUGAAAUCUUACUGGCAUAUAAAAUGAAUCCAUAAGCAGCUUCUUAAAACAGGACUUUGUUUCUACUGUCACUGAGCUCUUCAGUAGUUCAUAUCCCUCAGUGCUGUCCAGUUUGUUCCUUUUGCUGCUUUCCUCUGUCGUAAGUGCAGCAGCGUAGGGAUUCCUUUGCUUCUUGUCGCAGUAUUUUGUGGCUGUGCAAGUGACCAUUGGAAGUGGCAAGUGACACAGAAUUUUAUUAACUUUAAAGCCCAGCAGUAUUUCAAGGUCAGAAUUAUAUUUUAUUUUUUUAACCAAGAAAAGCUUGUUGACAAUGCAGAGUUUCGUGACAAAAAUAAUUCUGUCAACAUUUUACAAAAAAGAAUCAAAAUCAUAAGCAUUGUGUACAUAACGACAAACAUAAAUUGAGGUAUACCAUUAACUAGAUGGGCUAAAUGAUCAUAUACUGUGAUUACAUAGAGAUUUAUUAAAAAUGGAAAAUGGAUGAUAUAAGUUGAAAUAAGCAAACCCUAAAUCAAAGGCUGAUUAUUAGGCUUCAAGGGAGUCCUACUGGGGCUUCCUCAUGAAAAUCUUUCUGCUUUCAUGUUUUUUAAGUAUAGAAUGCAAUCUGAUUCAUAUUUUUAGAACUUAUCAUUUUAACUUGGGUGUUAAUGAUUUAGCUGUUUUUCUGUAUAUUUGAGUUUAUUUUUUACAACAAAAGGAAACUAGAAAGACGUAGUUAAACAUCAAGAAACAAUUACAGCAGUAGUAGUUGACUGUUAAUACUCAAACAUGGCUAUAAGCCGAAUUUGGAAAUGUUUGAUCAGAAUAUGUCUUUAUUAUGGAGGUACUCCUUUUCUAGGUGUUGGUGUGACCUUGGGCCUGGCUUAUAUAAGUUUAGGGGUGUGGGGUCACGGGACAAUGCCCCUCACAGAAAGUGCUUUGGUACUUAAGGGGUUUGAGGUUAGAAAGGCAGCAUGGUGGCUUAGUGGUUAAUAUGUCUGCCUAAAAGUGUGGGCUCAGUUCUGAACUCUGGUCACUGCCUGUGUGGAGUAAGCAUACUCUCCCUGUGUUUUAUGGUUACUUUGGUUUCAUCUCAUCUCCCAAAAAACAUACUGGUUGAUUUUGUACUGCUGUUGAGAAUAAAAAAAGAUCCACGAUGACCAGAUCACUUAACCAUUUAGCAAAUUGAUUUAAAAAAAGCUAAAUUAAAGAGCUUUAGUUAGGUACAUUUAGUUUGCGUUUUUGUAUUGCUUUUAUCUUCUGGAGUACUGUGUUAUGGCUUGCUUGUGGCAUUUUGUGUUAUGUCUGGUUUAAUGUUUUGCUAAUAAUUUUUGGUUCAGUAUUUUACAAAGAUGUUAUUUAUUUUUCUGUGUUUGGGGAGGGGGAAUGAACAUAUGGUUUGCUGUAUGUCAGUGUGGUGUUUUACUGAGUCCAGCUUGAAAGACUCCUUGUAAAUGAUUUGUUUUAACUUUGAACUGUAGGUUUUAUAUUUAGUAGUCAGAAUUUUACAGAGAUACCAAGGUCAUGAGGUGUAAUUUUCUGUAUUCAGUUAAGCAGUUCUUGCCAAAAAAUCACUUAGCACAUGGCCACAUUAUUUGGUUGAUGUCAACUUUAUUUUCAGAGUUACAUUCAGUCCAUUAUUACAGAAAAAUCAUAUGCAUGUUAUGUAAACUUUCGGGAGUUCACUAGGCACAAUGGAAAAUUUGUAUUCAGUCAUGAUGGAACUUGCUUGAUAGAGCUGAUGAAAGUAGGAGCUUUUUCUGUUUGUAUUCUGGUGAAAAUCAGUUUCUUCAUUUUCCUCAUACCCCAACUUGUUUGUGGCACUUUCUCACCUUGCUGCUUGAUACCCUUGUAAAUGUAGAUUCCCUUUAUUUCAGUAGAAUAGCUCAAUGAGAGUUAUUUACUGGUAAUGUUGUAUUUCACGAAGAACAGGAUGACUUAUAGUGUUGAUAACUCACCAGAGUUAUGCAUAAGAAUGGCUGUUUUGAGUUAUCAUUGUAAUGAAAAAUCGGACUUAGUUAUCUCAAUGUAUGAAUAUCCUUCAAGGAUUUUAAUGAACACUUGAAUGGUUUUGCCUUGUACUAGCUUGAUCUCAGUAUCUUAAAAAUCAGGUUUGUUGCCAAUAAAGAGGAAUGAUGUUCUGAAUAAGG